UUUUUUUUUUUUUUCCUUCUACGAAACAAAGAUAACAUUGAAAAGAAAUACGUUGCUUUCUUUGAACAAGAAUAGAAGGAAUUAGAGAGCAUUGACCGUGGCUUAACGACAACCCGAGUAUAUCGUCGGGAUUUAUCCAAUUUCAACAUAUUUUUUGUUCUUUUUCCCAUUCUUUUUUUUUAUCCUUUACCAAAAAAGAAAAAACGAGAAUCGCUUGUCAAGCCAAUUUAUGCACUCAUACCAUGGAACACGACAGCGAUGCCGAACACCUACGACACGAGAAUGGCAAAAAGCGCGUACGCGCUACCCAAGCUUGUGUAUUGUGUAGAAAGAAGAAGAUUAAAUGCGACGGCACAAAACCAGAAUGUCUUCAUUGCCAAGAAGCAAACACCCAGUGCGAAUACACAGAGAGCAAAAAGCGCGGACCACGAAAGGGAUACGUGCAGCUUCUUGAAGAACGUCUGGCCCAGAUGGAACGACGGCUUGUGCGACUAGGUGGUACUGCAGCAUUACUCAGUGAAAGCAGUGGAGAAGAGUCGCCGCUGCCUAUGCGUUCAAUGCUACCCAGUCAACCAUCGUAUACUCGAGAUCCUGUCCAACGCAUCGCAGAGGAAAACGAGGGUUUGCCAUCAAAGGAGGUCAUAAUGCAUCUAGUCGACUUGUUCUUCAAGUAUAUCAAUUCUGUAUUCCCCUUUGUGCACAAAGCAACGCUGAAGCAAUCCGUUGAAGACGGAACCGUUUCCAAACCACUGUUGUGGAGCGUGCUUGCUAUUGGUGCCAGGUAUUCCGACGAUCCGAGCAUCAAAACAGAUCCACCCUACUGGGCGGGUGAACGAUUUGCAGCAAAGGCGACAUCGUUGAUCGAUGCUAGUAUGCUUGAACCGACGCUACCAAAUCUCCAGUUUUGGGGCAUCAUGGCAUGUCUUGAAUACGGACGUGCAUCGGGCUCAAAAGCAUGGAUUUAUACAGGAUUGGCAGUACGGUUUUGUCAAGAACUUGGGUUGAACAAGGAAGAGACGCUGAGUACACCCAUCCUAUCCAAGGACGGUACGAUAGAUACGGUUGCCAUGUCACUACGUCGACGUAUUUUCUGGAGCUGCUAUGGUAUCGACAAAUUUACCAGUGCCGGCACGAACCGACCACAAAGUAUCACGAAAAGCGAAGUCGAUGCACACCCACCCAGCAUUCCAGAAAGCAUGGUGCUGCGUGAUUCCGACUCGAACAUUUCUGCGACCAACAAACGCAUUGCCAACGAUUCACUCAUGGACAUUUCACGACAUUACAUGAAGAUUAUGGAGAUUUUUGGUGAAGUCAACACGGUCAUGAGUCGGUCAAAGUCGGAUUCGACGUCGAUCCAAUGGCCUCCAGUUCCAGAAUAUGCGGGUUUGGAUACACGGUUACGAUUAUGGAAAGACAAUCUGCCUGAACGAUUCCAAUUUACACCAAAGAAUCUCGAUUUUCACAAGGACAGUGCCGGCUUCACAUACUUUAACAUUUGGUUGUCAAUACAUGCAGUGUGGUGCUCUUCGUUGAUGGUCUUACAUCGUGGCAGUUUGGCAUACGGUGACAUUCGACCGGGUGAUGUGGAUCCGGACGUAUAUCGCGCCAUACAGGCCAGCAUUGACACGUGUAAGACAAGCGUUCGGACAGGCACUGGCGUGUUCCGCUCCAUGCGUGAUCUAUGUGGUUACAAUGUGUUGCCAUUCAUGGGAUAUUCUGCUUAUGUAUUCGCUACUGUGCUCAUGACAUCUACGUUCUCCAAAGGACCUGAUGCUUGCCGAAAGAGUAGCAAUGCUCUCAAGAUCUUAUAUGAUUUGAUUGACGUAGGUUUUCUUCUAUUGUUUCGGCUGAAGCGUGAGCUGAACAAAAACGCUAAACGAUCGCAUCUGGAUAUUAUUAGGGACUGAAACCUUACUGGCCCAUGUGUGAAAGGCUUGCAAGCACGGCAAGUGAUCUCUUGGUCGCGCAUAGCCGAUUGUACCAGCCUCAACAACGACAAGGAUUUCCGUAUGACUUCAAGACCGACAACUCAACGUACACACCUCCAGUUGAUACAAUGACGCCGUCAGGAACUACCACUGCAACCCCAUCAGGCACACCAAACGACUUCCAGUAUCCGAAAGUCGAAUCUUACUUUUCUGCUGCUGCACCUCCAAAUGGUAUCAAUGCAAUGACCUCAAUUCCUCAACGGGACACGCUAUCAGUGCAACAACCUCAACCAAUACAGCAGCAGCAGCAGCCACAGCAUCAACAACCACAGUUAGUGCCACCACCACCACCACCACCACAGAAUCAUCAAUCACAACCAGCACCUCAACCACAACCGCCCCCGCAACAGCAACCUGCAUUUUCAUCC